ACAUCGUUAGUUUCAAGUGCCACAAACUACUCUAACUCCACCAUUAUAAAAUGAACCCCACUUUCACUCUCAAUAACACAACCAUAAUCUCACCACAGAACCUCUUCACUACAAAGGAAUAUACAUUGUUUCUUUGCCUGUGACUCAGACCAAACUUCACUCCACUACUUCAACUGAGAUGGCUCUCAACACCUCUUGCUCCAAGGCCAUUCUAGGAACCCAUGUUCCUAGCUCUGUCCCUAAUGCUUCCAACACACCCAAUUUUUUCUUCACCACCAAUGACAAAAAAGCCUUCAACUUUGGCUUCCCAAGACUUGUUCAAAACAAGGGUCUUUUCCCACCUCAUGCAGUGCCAUCCAAAACCAUGGUGGAUUUGGACAAUUUGGUGCUCCAAACUCCAGAAGAACAACCAAAGGAAGAAGCAAAGAUUAUCAAUGUCAAAUUUCAGAUGCAUCGCAACUGUAAAUUUGGGGAGCAAUUUCUAGUAGUUGGUAGUGAUCCAAUGUUUGGCUCAUGGAACCCAGCAAAAGCCAUACCAAUGGCCUGGUCAGAAGGACAUGUUUGGACAGCAGAGAUGGCUGUACCUGCUGGGAAAUUCCAGUACAAAAUCAUCUUGAAAAGAAGAAAUGGUGACAUUAUGUGGCAGCCAGGGCCAGACAGACUUGUUCAGACAUGGGAAGCAAUGAACAGAAUCACUGUUUGUGAGGAUUGGGAAAAUUCUAAACUUCAGACAGUAACAGAUGAUGAUGAAGAAGUUUCCAACACAUCAGAGGAAGCUGAACUUGGUCAGACAGAUAAGGAUUCCACGAUGGAGUCAGAAGUUGCUGAUUUGGCUGAGAAUCUUGAUUGUUCAGAAGAGAAUCAAAAUUCCAAUGCUUCCACGGUGAUGAAGAGCACUCUUUAGAGCCAAUAGCUGAAUUUUGUUUCCUUCCACAAACAAAAGUUUUAUGAUUUACUGCUACAAUGAAACCCCAAGUUAGUUUUGAGCAACUUAUUUCCAUUCUGCUCAUAGUAUUUCUGUUUUUUUGUUAGAGAAAAUAAGUGUUUCUUUUCUGUUCUAUUGUCGCAUAUCUUCAUCAAUGAGAUUUAUUUAUUUAUUUA